UAGCCCCCUGGCGCCCUUCGGGCGCGACGCGACGGAUCGCUACCGGCAGUCCCCCGUCGCCGCGCUGGCGCCGCCGCCCCAAGGGCGCGGUCAGCAGGCAGGCGCGGCCCAGGCGUACGGACGUGUGUCAGCGCUCGUGGCCUGGGAAUGGCAUUCCCCAGGAGGGCGCACAUCUGCUCGCUCUGGAAGCAGGGCAGUGUCUGGAGGCGCCUCCUGGGAGUGACUGGCUGCAUGACGGCUGAAGGAGGAGCUGGCGCUGCUCCCCUGAGUGUCGGGGAAGAGCUAACGAGUCCCCUGCUCACAGACGAGGAGCAAUUGGAGGCACGACUGGGUGGUUGCGGAACUCGAGGUGGACAUCCGGCACAGGCAUGAAGGACCAGCUCACAUUCGGCGUGGGGCACACAUCAGGACGCUUGACAUGUUCCGACUGUUCGAGCAUCCACAUCUGGUGACGGAGCCAGCGCUGGCGGUGUGCUCUUGUUUGUGCCCUCCUACGGCUUGGCGUGAUUAUCUCGGCCACUUGAUCGGCCGACACGCUGGCUGUUCCUGGCCCGCACGACCUUCGCACGUACUCCGAUGCCUGUGCAUAUGAAGCAGUGGUGGCACAAUUCCCGAAGGCGAUGACGAUUGGAAUUUGCCGAUCCUCCGCCCUCCUGAAGUCAGGCGACAUCCCUUCUAUUCUGGCGGCAGGCAGGACGGUGAACCAGCCGAAUUCAUGUAACCAUCCAGCUGACGCGGAGCUGCAAAGGUUGGCAUGUGGUCGAGACCCAGUUGCGCGGGCCUUGCUGGGCGGCCCUUUAGCUCGAACGGAAUUCAUCAGAAACAACGGCGUGCCGGAUCUGAUUGCACGAGUGGAGGCGGUCCAUGUGCUUCGGCUGCAUAUCUUCGCUGCGGAGUGGGGGCAAUCUAGCGAUGGGGCGCGCGGUCGGCAUGAGAUCUUUGGCUAAGCUUGGGCAGCAGGCUCCAUGCAGACCCGCCAGUAGACUGCUAGCUGAGAGGGUGCCCAACGGAUGUCUGGGGUCGUAUGUCGAUUUUUUUGAGUACGGGGUUGAAGUUCGGGAGAUGCAGCUUCUCGAAGAGUGCGUCCGCAAUGGUGGGGAGAUGGAAUCGAACCUCGUCGGCGUCUCCCGUGUGGCCGCGCGCGCGGAUCCCUGACGCCCCGCGUCAGCAUCAACGCGGCGGCGAUGUGGCUUUUCUCAAAGGCGCCCGAGCGCAACGGUGUCCACAUGUUCAGCAGAGGUGGGUGGAGGACGACCCGCGCGCUUUCCAGCGCAAGCACCGGCACCAGCUCGAGCGGCCCUGGGUGGACGUCGGCAUCGUGGCCGAGCUGCAGAGGGCGCACUACCCCUACACCUGCGAGCUGAUCGGCAUCUUCCGGGACGACCACUGCACGUACGUAGUGUCCUCCCUGGCCAGCCACGGAGACAUGUUCAUGUGGGCUGAAAAGGC